UGGUGAAGAUCCCCACAAUUUUCAAAGACCAUUGCUUUCAUAUUCUCCCAAAACAUGGGUGUCACCAGUUUCACACAAGAAUUCACAUGCCCAAUUGCCCCCUCUCGCAUCUUCAAGGCCCUGAUCCUAGACUCCAACAACCUGAUCCCAAAGCUCUUGCCCCAGACCAUAAGAAGCAUCGAUGUUGUCCAAGGAGAUGGAGGAGCUGGAACCAUUGAACAAGUGAACUUCACCGAAGCUAGCAAUCUCAAAUACGUGAAGCACCAAAUCGAAGAAUUGGACAAAGAGAAUUUUGUGUGCAAGUAUCGUAUGAUUGAGGGAGAUGUAUUGGGUGAGGAGCUUGAAUCAAUUGCUCAUGAGGUGAAGUUUGAGGCAACAGAUGGAGGUAGCAUUUGUAAGAUGGCAAGCGAGUAUCACACCAAGGGAAAGUUUGAGAUUAAGGAAGAGGAGAUAAAAGCUGGUAAGGCUAGAGCUAUGGGGAUAUACAAAGUUGUGGAAGCCUAUCUAUUGGAGAAUCCCCAUGUCUAUGCUUAGUUUCUAUCUUCCUCUAUAUACAUAUUCACACAUAUUUGAUUGUCACUUCUUUGUUGUCCAAUGUUUUCUCUAUUAUAUACUUUAUACUGGUUUUUUGUAUUCUUCAUUACAUGUACCCUUAAUUUUUUUCUUUUUUUCCUUGGCCAAAAUUGCCUCUAAAUUUCCCUAUUGUAAUGUUAUUGACAAAUGAAAAAACUAAGAAAUACGAAUUUUUUUGUUUGAA